AUGGAGGAGGCGCUGCUGUCCACCCCCAUCAACCCCAACAACUUCCCCGCCAAGCUGUGGCGGCUGGUGAACAGCCCUCGGUACCGCUCCAUCCGCUGGGACGGCCGUGGCGAGGGGCUGCUCAUCGACCAGCCGCUCUUCGAGGCCGAGCUGCUUAGCCCGCCGGGCCCGGGGGCCGGGGGCGCCGGGAGCGGCGGCGGGGGCGGCGGCGGGGGCGGCGGCAGCGGCGUCGGGGCGGCCGGGGCCGAGCCCGAGCUCUUCAAAACCACCAACUUCACCAGCUUCAUCCGCCAGCUCAACCUCUACGGCUUCCGCAAGGUGGUGCUGGGUGGGCCGGGGGCGGCGGGGCCCGGGUCAGGGCCUGGGGCUGGCGGGCCGGCGGGCGACGGGCCACUCCACCACUUCCACAGCCCGCACUUCCGUCGCGACCAGCCUCAGCUGCUCGUUCACCUCAAGAGGCUCACCAGCGCCAACAAGGCCAAGCUGGCGGCCGGACUGGAGGUGCCCUGUCGCCCGCCCAACCGCUUCCAGCGGCUCCUCAUCACGUCAGCCUCCGCCUCCGCCUCCGCCUCCACCUCCCCGCUGCAGCAUCAGGACCCGCCGCCCCAGCCCGCCGGGCCCCGGCCCGAGCAGCACGGACCAGUGGCUGUAGGACAAUUUCACCGGUCAUUCCGGCGAGAUAAUUUGUCUCCUUAUUCCUACGUAUCAACUUCAUCCCACAACCACAGCACCUUCCCUCUGAAAGGUUUAGAUCGAACCCCAAUUCCUCCUAGAACAUGGCAGAACUCCCUUGGAAUGCACCCUGGACAAGUGGAGACAUCUCCCACUUUUUCAGAUAAAGGGGUUCCAUUUCCUGUACUGCAGAGAUUUCCAACUGAGGUUACUUAUACGCUGCAGCCCAGCGCCACAUCUGUACACGUUCAACAAGGUCCUCAAACAAUGGUCAGCUCCUCCCAAAAAUAUAGUAACUACACCCCCUCGGCGCAGUACUCCCAAGCCUACUAUCCAACAGCUGUGCUACAGUGCUGUUCUCCUUCCACUCACAUGGAUGCCCUGAGUGGCUGUGUCACCCCUACUGCCUCUUCCUACGCACACUGUAACUACUUCCAGAAUCCUCCAAUGCAAUCUUCCUAUCCGGUUGAAUUUCUGCCUUCCAAUUGGCCCUGCAGUACCACUGAUGAGAACAAAAAGGCAGAAGUAAACCUGGAGGCUGUCUUUCAAAUAGUCGAUGAGCUGCAUUCUUCCCCUAAACUGGAGAUGGUAAAGGUGGAGCCUGUGGAGCACCAGUGUCCAUCAUCUCAGUCUAACAGAGGCCAGCACAUCUUACCUAACUCCAACAGCAGCAACCCCUCUUCCACAAGUCAGGCUAGCCAGCUGGAGCCACUUACUCCUGUAGGCUCAGAUAUCACAUCUUUUGUGGUUGGAACAGAACAAGCAAUCACCUGCUCUCUACCACAGUCACCUGAGUACAUCUAUACCAUCCACACAGCUCAGCCUUUGGAAAACAGCACAAUACAGGAGUCUGCAACCAUCCAGCAAACGCAUGUCAAACUGAAGGAGCAGCUAAAUCAUAAUCCAUCCCCGUCCUCAGUAGUAUUUGUGCAGGAAGGGCUACCGUUCAGCACACAGCAGGUGGAUAGCAAUAUAAAAUGCCAGGCCAAUCCACAGGAGAAUGUCUUGCCUUCAGAACAAAUGGGAUUCCUUAUUUCAGAGAUGGGGCCUUCUAACAAGCCUAGUAAAGACACAGGCUUAUCCACUCCAGUCAGAUACAGAGAGCGGAGAAGCAACUCACGAGGAAAGUCCCCUGAUCUUCAUCUGCUGGUGGACGUGGCCUGCAAGCAGGAGCACUUUCCAAAGGAGGAAGAGUUAAAAGAGUGAGGCGGCGUGGAUGGCAAAUGUGGCAUUGUGCACUAGCCGGGCUGGAGGCACACUAGUCUUGCACAUGACACACUGUUGGGAUUUUUUCAGUUCUGUUAAGGAAAAAAAAGUAUUUUUUGUUUUGUUAAUUGAGAUUUUGUUAAAUUGAAAAUUGGGAGUUUGGUAUUUACUACAGCUGUUCAGUUCAGAUUGCGUACCUUGACAAACUGUUUAAACAUCCAGCGGCCCCCCCCCCCCUUUUUUUUUUUUUUUUGCUGCCCAGAUUCCUUUCAAAUGAAAAGAGUCCUGGCCUUCAAGAAGCGUCUCGGCCAUGCCGUGUUGGUGGCCCUGGAGCCACGGUGUGUGUGUGCUGAGCUGGGAAGCCCUUUUGAACUGUUGUCAGCAGUUUCAAGUCUGUCUCAAGUCACAGUGUGGUCCUUCAGGGAAGAUGGUGUGAUAAACAAAGGCACGUGAGGUCACCAGGAUCGCAAGUCCAAGCGGGUCAGGAAUCCAGGGAGGAAGUUCUGGAAAAAGCUCAUUUUCUAAGUGGUUAACCAAGAACUUCUCUUGUUUCUGAACCCCACGUCCUGUUUCAGGACCAAGGCAUCUGGACUUGGCCCGUCCAUCACAUUAACAGCCUCUGGUUCUUUAAUAGUAAUGGGAGUGUUUUUCCAUUUUCAUGUCUUUCCUUAAUUUGAAUGAUAAAUUAUCAUAAAUAGUAAGAAAGUUUUGUUAAUAUCACUUACAUAAAUGUCUUCUAAAGAAAAUAUUUAAUUUGUUUAAUUAUAUUUAUAAAUGCUGAUAGAUUUUAAAGUUUUAAAGCUUUGUAUUUUUAUUAACAUUGCAGAAUAGAAGGAUUAAAGGGUACAUGUGUAAUUUUAUUUUUGAAGGGUAAAUACAAUAUGUGAACAGAAACACUGAGGUAUAACAGUGUUUAGAUUUUUACAUUCAGCAAGUAUAAAUUCUUACCUGCGGAAGGUAUUGUGUGCAAAUUUUGGGGGGGGGAUCGCUUCAUUGUCAUUUACCAGAAGCUAUGCUUUAAUUUUUGAGAAGCAGUUUAUAUUUGAUACAUUAAAUGGCUUAAGCUUCUGGGAGACCUUUGGAUAGUUGGGUAGACUAUUAUCAUUUUUUCUUUCCCCUGUAGGACUGUACAUUUGAUUACUAGGAUUGUGUGACUUUUGAAGGAGGAGAGGGACAUUUUGGAUGUCCAAUUUCUGUAGUUGAUCCAUGUCUACCAAAUGACAGCAAGAACUUUCCUGAUUUGAGGUAUUUUAAGUUGACUAGAAUGUUCUUGUUGAAUCUACCUCAAUUUUCCUAAUAAGGGCUGCAGAAACAAAAGGAAAUCCUGAAUUUAAAGCUAGCAAAAAAGAAACAGCACUUAAUAAUGGCGUAAGCACUGUAUUAGCCAUUCCUUGCGUGGCACUGUGCCUUCCCAGUGAUAUCAGACCUAGACAUGCUACAGAGCUCUAGCUGUUUUGGAAAGGGUAAGCUCUGCAUUGCUGUACAGCGACUCAGUUUCGAUUUGAAAGUAGGUUUUGAUCCAUCUAAUUAGACUAGUUGGUGCUCAUGUCUUGGGCACUUACUCAUCUUUACUAGUAAGCCUUGAAAGAUGAACUGAUUAUCAAGACAUCCACAUCUUGUAUCUGUGCCACAUACCUUGGCAAAGUAUGUGAAAAGGAGACCCGGUGUCCAAAUGAAGGAACUUUGCCUUUCCUCUGUCACAUUGAAGAGCUGGUAAGCUGUGUAGGUGAUAUUUCUUCUCCUCAAAAUGCCUUUCUUAGCCUUACGUGUAUCGAAAGAGAUGACACCUUUUGAGGGACACGUGUCAAGCAGGAACCUUGGCACAGACAUGGCUUCAGUGGUUUUAAGGUUUGAUCAAUGAAAUGCCUUGAUCAGCUUUCCAACCUUUUUUAUAUAUGAAUACACCAGAAAGGAGCUGGAUCUCCUGCUCUACUCACAUGCCUGGAACCCAUCUCCUAAAGCUCUCAUCAGUGACUUGUGCAAAUGGCAGCAGCAAAGUGGAAUCUGCACGGGAAUUAGCCAGUAGGGCCUGACACAUACUGAGAAAGUUCCCGUCUAGCACCUCAAGCACCAAUCAGUUUCAAUCAGUCAACAAUAAAAUGAAUGUUCCAACCAGACCUCUUGUCCUGCUUGUUUUACUUUGGUUUUUCUUUUUUUUGAUAACCAGUAGAAAAUUCAGUCAUUAUAAGCAUUCAUGCUGGUG